GCUCCGCCCCGCCGCCGGCCGGCAGAGGCUGGGCGGCUGCGGCGGGAUGGGGCCGCCCGAGGAGGUGCGGGCGCAGCUGGCGCGGGCCGGGCAGGGCCACCUGCUGCGCUUCUGGGCCCAGCUGGGCCCGGCGCAGCGCGGGGCGCUGCUGGCGGCGCUUCCGCCCGGCUUGGGCGAGCACUGUCGGCUCGCGGCGGCCUCCGCCCGCCAGCCGGGGCCGCUGGAAGUCCUGGACGGCCGGAUGGAGCCGCUGCCCGCCGAGCUGCUGGGCGGCGCCCGCCGCAGCGGCCCCGCCGCGCUGGAGCGCUGGGAGGCGGAAGGUUUGCAUCAGAUCUCACAGAACAAAGUGGCAGUGCUGCUCCUGGCUGGAGGACAGGGAACACGCCUGGGAGUGAGCUAUCCCAAGGGCAUGUACAAUGUGGGAUUGCCCAGUGGCAAGACAUUAUAUCAGAUCCAAGCAGAAAGAAUCCGCAAAGUGGAGCAGCUUGCUGGCCAGAGAUACCACUGCAAGUGUGCCAUCCCCUGGUAUAUCAUGACUAGUGAGUUCACACUGGGGCCGACAGAAGAGUUCUUUGUAGACCAUGGCUUCUUCAACCUGGAUAAAUCCAAUGUGAUCAUGUUUGAACAGAGGAUGCUGCCAGCUGUUACCUUUGAUGGGAAGGCCAUCUUGGAAGAGAAGGGGAAAAUUGCUAUGGCUCCAGAUGGCAAUGGUGGCUUAUAUCGUGCUUUGGUGGAUAAUAAGAUCUUGGAUGACAUGAAGCAGCGUGGUAUACAGUAUGUUCACGUAUACUGUGUAGACAACAUCCUCGUCAAGAUGGCAGAUCCAGUCUUCAUAGGCUUCUGUGUUACCAAAGGGGCAGAUUGCGGUGCCAAGUCCUCUGUCCUGUGUCUGCAGGUGGUGGAGAAGGCCUACCCCACAGAGCCUGUUGGGGUGGUGUGUCGUGUGGAUGGGGUCUAUCAGGUGGUGGAGUACAGUGAGAUCAGUCCAGAGACUGCGCAGCUGCAAAGCCCUAAUGGGGGGCUGGUGUACAGCACUGGCAAUAUCUGCAACCAUUUCUUCACUGUUGAAUUUCUGCAGAUGGUGGCCCAAAAAUAUGAGCCCCAGCUGAAGCAUCACAUAGCCAUAAAGAAGGUGCCUUACAUUGACGAGGAGGGAAAUCUGGUAAAACCGAUAAAACCAAAUGGGAUAAAGCUGGAGAAGUUUGUGUUUGAUGUGUUCCAGUUCUCUAAGAAUUUUGUGGCAUUUGAAGUUUUGAGAGAAGAGGAAUUCUCACCAUUAAAAAAUGCAGACACAGCUGACAAAGACACUCCUACUACUGCUCGGCAAUCCCUCCUGGCCCAGCAUUACCGCUGGGCUUUGAAGGCUGGGGCCAGAUUUCUGGAUGAAAAUGGUUGCAGAAUACCAGAGAAACUCAGUCUCUCAGGAACUGAAGAUCCUCCAGCUGUGUGUGAGAUUUCUCCAUUAGUGUCUUACUUUGGAGAGGGUCUGGAGGCGUGCAUGAAGAACAAAGACUUCUGUUCUCCCUUUAUACUCGAUGAAAACAAAGCAGAAAUGCUAGGAAAUUCUUGAAAAGGAGGGAGGACUUCUCAAAUCAUGUCUGUUAGAGCCAUUGAAAGAAAUGACACUGCUAAAAUGUCAGUUGUGAAGUGUAUUAUGUAUUAUGAAAAAUUGCUCUAUAGUAUCAGAUAGUUGGCAAAUGCUUGCAGCAGUUGUGUUUACACAGAUAUGCAUAUGUACCAGUUCUGUUUGGUAACUGAAGGCUAUGCCUUUUACUUUGGUCUGUAUCAUAGACUGAUGUGAAUGGAGAUUAAUACCUUCCAGGUACCAAAUUGAUUUUAUAUUUCUUAUUUGUCAUGCAUACAGAUAUGUAACAGAGUAAAUCAGAAACAAAUCAAUCAGCUUUGCAUUCAAGAAGAUUAAAUCUCUGCAGUGCCUUGCUAUAUAUCUUAUUUGUAUCUUUGUUCCAUUUUUUUGUUAUCGUUGCUUAUUUUUUUCUUUUCUACUGUGUGCACAGCUGAAGAAAAAUCAGUAUGAUGUCCCACCCUGAAAAGUAUGGUAUGACUUUGUGUACUGGGUCCUCCGUCUCUAAUAUUGUGCUGGUUAGUAGACCAAGUUCAGUACAUCCUCUAAUUGGGUUAUGCAGAGGAGUCUGCUGUAGGUAGGGAUCCUUUUAUGUGUAAGUUUUGCUUGAGAUUUGGCCUCAGCAGCAGAACAGGCUAUUUUGCAUAUGUAGGCUCAGUAGUGGUAUUCCAAGAAAACAUAACUAAAUAUGCAGCUCAGGCUGCAUACUCUUUACUCUUUAUGGCUGUAGUGAACAGUGUUUUUAUUAUUACUAUUUUUGAGGGGUUGGAGGUGGGGCAAAGGCUGAGAACUGUUUUCAUAAUAACCUUCUACUCUUCCUGUUUUAUGGCAAACAUUUAUUUUGCUUUCCAUUUUUUUGUUUAAUGUAUAUCCUAACCCUCAAAGGGGAACUCUUUUAAAGUGGCUGAAAGUAAUAGGAGGAACAUGCUGUGAUGUUAGAAUUUGAGGUGUAACCAAAAGCAGAAAAAUGCCUUUCUUUAAAAAUAUAUUAUUAACUAUAAUGUGAAGAUAAUUGUCAGCUAAUUAAGGACAAUAAUUGUCAGAACACAUGUAGCACAUGAACUCAGCCUUGGCUGAGGGCUUCCAGGGUGACCAUGAUACACAGCUCCUGUUUAGCUCCAGCAGACCUGUGCCAUGUGGGCAGCUGCCUACAACAGAACCUUCACUGAACACACCAAAGUCAUUUCACACUUCACGAGGACUCUUUGUGUGCUCUGCUGAGUUGGAAUUGGAUUGAGGAGCAUGCUAUACUUUUCACCCAAAUCGGGUAUAAGGAAGGUGAUGAGGAAGAUAAAACAUUUCAGAUGAGGCAUCAUCUGAAAUACCAGGUCUCAGGAUCUGCUUCUACUAAGCAAUGGCUGAUGCUGAUAUUAAGCAUUAAUCUUUUACAUAAGUGAUUUUCUGAAAUUCCUCAUAUGAAGCUGUAUUCAGAAUGUUGGAGAAGUAUUAAAAUAGCUUUGAGACUAAGUACAAUUUAUAUAAGUAGCCUCAUGUUUUCUAAAGAAACCGUUUAAAUGUCAAUGGCAGAAUUUAAAGAUAUAAAGUGUAUCUACAUAUGCAUAAGUAAUUAGUCUUUUGCAUGUGCAAACCAGCUUAUUGCAGUUCUGAUUACCUCAUUUUGCAUGUACAACCAAUAACUGAUUUUUAGUAUAAAUUAAGCAUUCGUCUUUGCUCAAUUCUGUAAUUUUUAUUGCACAAUUUUCUAUGGGUCAUUUUCAUUCCUGUCUAUCAAUUUUUACAUCUGAGAAGUAAUUACAUGAUAUUCUUGCAAAUAUUGCUUACCAAUUCAGGCACAGGUUGCUUUAAGUUUCACAGUACUAUAAAGAAAUAAUACAUAUAUUUUUUCAUUUAUAAAAUGCUUUCUCUUUAUAAAAUGCGUUCUCUUUUGAAACUCAAUUAUAGCCCAUUUUCUGUGUGCUUAAAUCAUGUGAACACUGAACUGCUGACAUGAUUUUUAGAGAUGGUUUUCAAGGUGAAACUGAAUUAGUGUGAUGAAUACCUUCUUGUUUGUUUGUUUGUUUUUUCUAUGACUCUUCAUGUUUUAAACUGGAACAUUAAAAGAUUCUUGUGGGAACUUUAAAAAAAAUAUAUCUCAUAUUCAUUGUGAAAUGAAAAAAUAUAUAUCUGAAAUAGAGGUGGAUCCCAUAGUGGUCCAGAAACUUUUGGAGACCUAAGCUUUUCUAUAAUAAAGAUGUUACUGUGA